AUGGCCUCAAAUACCCACAGAGCCAUCCGAGCCAAACAAACCCCAAGUACAAUCACAGUGUACCAAGCCUAUUCUCCCGAGAUAGCCGAGCCAGCACUCAAGGCCCAAAAGUUCGUCCCUCCAUUUUCACGACAGAGAAUGACCUGGAUCAAGCCCUCUUUUCUAUGGAUGGCAUACCGAUCAGGCUGGGCAACAAAAUCCCGACAGGAGCGUGUCCUAGCAAUAGAGAUUACCCGUGAGGGAUUCGAAUGGGCAUUGCGCCAUUCCUGUUUGAGUCACUAUACGCCUGGCGAGGAGACAAGCCAGGAGCAGUGGCAGAAGAAGCUGCGUGCUAGUCCAGUGCGCGUUCAGUGGGAUCCCGAGCGGGAUAUUUCAAUGCGGUCUUUGAGCUAUCGGAGUAUUCAAAUUGGGUUGAGUGGAGAGGCUGUUGGGAGAUAUGUUGAUGAGUGGAUUGUUUCGGUUACUGAUGUGACUGCUACUAUGAAGAUGAUCGACAGCUAUCUUAAGAUUGGGGAUGUUCAAGCUGCCAGGGGUUGUUUACCUGAAGAGACUCCAUUUGUUGUACCUGAAGAUUUGCAGGAGCAUCUUAAGAUGAUUCAUUGA